AUGGCAGAGGCAAAGGUAGAAGGAAGUUUCAAAGAUCUUCAGGCAGGAAAACAGAAGACAUGGAAGAAUAAAAGUAGCUUCAGUAGAGAGAGGGACGAGUCUCCGGAGGCUGUCUUGUGUAGUGCCCAAAGAGGCAGAGCUCUGUUUCUACAGAUGCCAGUGGUCAGACAUGCUCGUGCUCACGUGUUAGCAUUUCUCCAGGUCCGACCUGCCUCAGGAUGGUGGAAAACACAGCACAUUCACCUGUCACCCAACCACCAUUGUGGUUCCUAGGCUUCAUCUCUCAGCUUGACUGGUGAGAGGGUUGGCAGUGUUUUGCUCCUGGGCCUAGUUCCAGCUGCUGAUUUGGACCAUGGCUCUGUGACGGACUACUCCCUGGCUGCAGCCCUCACUUUUCAUAGUUACUGGGGCCUUGGACAAGUGGUUACUGACUAUGUUCGAGGGGAUGCUUGGCAGAAGGCUGCCAAGGCAGGUGUUUUGGCAUUCUUGGCUUUAACCUUUGCUGGGCUUUGUUAUUUCAGCUUUUAUCCUAUGGGCAUCUGCAAAUCUGUUGCCAUGAUGUGGAAGCUCUGA